CCAAAGUCACAGCUGUUGCACUACCCGGACGUGUUUUGAUGACGGACGCCUGAGAGUUAAACGGUGUUUUUUCUUCAAUAUUUCCAUUAAACGUCCAGCGUUAAGUGUUGAUAAAUGUUGUGGUUUUGGUUCUGGUGCCGGACGGGUUGAAGCCGAUUUACUAAAAUCAUUCCGUCAACAAUCAGAACCUGAAUUGGAGGGAAACUAUUGGAUCGAUGGUUUUGAUGUCAGGUUGUUGAUUCAUUUCGAUGGAUCCGGGUUCGGUAGGUUCGGCGGUUCGGCUGAACGUGGCCCAGUGCUGCAGGUCUCUCUCCUCCUCCGCGGAUCGUAAAGAUGUUUCUGACGCCUUAAAAACGCUGAACUCGUAUUUGGAUGACGGGGCUGAAAGCAGCAGCACCGCGGCGGAGCGGGACGAGUUCCGGAGGACCCACUACAGCCGAACCCUGCGGGUUCUGGUCGGGCAGCUCCAGGCUGCCUGGACCCUCAGUCUGUCCUCCGGGCUGUGGGAGCCGCUGUUCCUGCAGGGGCCGCCGGACCAGGCGCUGCUGGUGCUGCUGGAGGCCGUGAGCCAGCUGCGCCCCAGCGCGGCUCUGGACCGCCUGGUCAGCGUCACGGAGCGCUUCCUGCAAGGCGGCCGCCUGGCGGACCUGCUGUGGUCCUUCUGCGUCCGGUCGGUUCCAUCAGACUCGGUCCAGCUCAGAGAGACGCUGCUGGCCCGGUUAGCCGCUCUGCCGGACCUCACGGCCAACAGGCUGCACCCCAACACGCCCCAGCUGUUCACGCCCCAGCGGUUCUACCCGCUGCUGGCCUCGGAGAUGCUGGUCGCUCUGGAGAGGACCUGCAGCGCCCUCAGAGAUGGUGUCGAUUGCUCUUUGACAUUUGUAGCUCAGACACUGGGGAAAGUUUGCCUCCAAGGUCACAGUGGCCCGGUUCUGGCCGUGAUGGCGCCCCGCCUGGCUGUCUGCACGCGCUCAGACAUGGUGUGGCAGAGGGUGACCCAGAAGCUGCUGCAGGACGUCCCGGAGCGCUGCAUGGAGAGCGUGCUCACCGGCCUGCUGCAGGCGGCCGACAGCCCCGACGCCUUUAGCCGCAUCGUGGGAAACCUGGUGUUAACCAAUAAAAAGGCUCAGUUUGUGCUGACGCAUAAAGUGCUGCUGCUGCAGUAUAAAUAUGAGACUGCAGUCCUCAGGACCGUCCUCGGGUACCUGGGCUCGGACCGGGACCGAAGGCCGCUCCUCCUCCAGGUUGUGCGCAGCGUGUCGCAGGCCUGGGCCAACGCCAGCGCGGUCAAACACACGCCUCAGGAGCAGCAGCUCUACGUCAGCAAGGCGCUGCUGCUCGCCGCCGGCCUGCUGACGGACGCCGAGCUGCAGGAGCUUCGCUCAGAUCUGCUGCAGUGCCUGCUGGGCGGCAUGCAGAGCCACCUGGACAGCAGCGCGGUCGGCAUCAGGACGCUGGGCAUGGCGGUGGGCGAGUGUCUGAGCGCCCGCAUGGACCUCAGCGGCGCCAAGCUCCAGUUUGAGUACGACAAGAAUGAAGAAACCCUGGAGCUGCUGUCUCUCAUGACCCCCAGUGUGUGUCCUGACCCCGAUCGUGACCCCAACCCUGACCCUGACCGUGACCCCAACCCUGACCCCGACCCUCAGCCUGCUGAUGGGUCAGAGGCGACCAGAGAAUCGUCUCGGGUCAAAUCAGCCUCCCAGAGGUCAAAAAGCGAUCCAGAAUCUGACCUCGACAGCGAUGAUGAUCUGCCUCCGUACGACAUGUCAGGAGACGUGGAGGCGAGUCGGGCGGCGCCGCCCCGAUACCUACGGGACUGUCUGGAAGCUCUGAUUUCCUCUGACGACUCGCAGCGAGUGGAGCUCAGUCUGAGAGCGGCGGAGAGUCUGGUGAGGAGGAACUUCUUCGCAGCGAAGGAGAUCAGUGUCCAGAUGACCAAAGUGCUUCUUCACAUGGAGGAUAAAUUCGGCGUCAGCGACUUCCUGGUUCUGCGGCAGGCGGCCAUGGUGGCUCUGACCGCCGUCGACUCUGUUCCUGUCACUCAGUACUUGACGACAGAGUUUUACUCCUUGAACUACAGCCUCCGGCAGCGACUGGACAUCUUGGAGGUCCUCGCCUUGGCAGCUCAGGAGCUUUCCAAACCGGCCGGCGAUAAAACGACCGCAGCCGCCUCGGAGCCGACGCCUUACCAGAGCAACAGCGCCGCCAGCUGGAGACAGGAAGUGGAGAAGAGGAUCCAGAAUAAAACCAAACGCAUUUCCAAGCGCUGCGCCCAGCGGGGGGCCGGAGCCGCUCCAAACCGCUACGCUCCUGUGGCAGGAUACUUCUUCUUUCCUCUCCUCAGAAACUACGACAAGCCGGAGGUGACCUUUGACCUGCUGGGCAGUGACCACCUGGUUCUGGGCAGAUUGAUCCACACACUGGGCCUCUUCAUGCACCUGGCUGUCAACGCACCGGUAGCUGUACAGAUGGGAGCUGCCUUGCUGGACUUUGUGUGGGCCGUUCGGUACCACACUGACCAGACGGUGAGGCGAGGCGUCCUCUUCGCCGUCUGCUCCGUGUUUCUGAGCAUGCCCAGUCAGGCUCUGAUGACGGAGCUCAGCCAGCAGCUGCUGGAAACAAGAACCUGGCUGGCAGAUGUGGCCGAAGCGGACCCGGACGCCGACUGCCGCAGUUUAGCCGUGCAAAGCCUGGUUCUGCUGGAUCAGAACCUCAAGAAGCAGCUUCAGAACCCGAAUGGCCUCAGCUUGGAGUCGUGACCGGGUCAACAUCUGCAUCUCUGGUGGAGAUGACGCUCCAGAUGUUUCCUCCAGAUCAGGACGUCCUCUAAACUCUGCAUUUACCGUCGCAGGUGCUUCGCUUUUUUUACACUUCCUGGAACAUUCAUCCGGACACAGGAAGUGGACUGGUGACCAACGUGAUGCACAGGAAGUGGACUGGUGACCAACGUGAUGCACAGGAAGUGGACUGGUGACCAACGUGAUGCACAGGAAGUGGACUGGUGACCAACGGGAUGCACAGGAAGUGGACUGGUGACCAACGUGAUGCACAGGAAGUGGACUGGUGACCAACGUGAUCCCAUUCACUGCAAAAAGCUCUGGCAGAAACACGUUCACUGGUUUUUGUCAUCAACUUUCUGUUUCAAAUAUCUCAGUUCACUUGAAAUCAAACAAAACUAUCUUACAAGUCACUUUUCAUCAUGAUGGAGGAGCUUGUUUAGUCAAUAAUCACAAUAUAGAAGAAAAAGUUUGAGUUCCAUCGCCUAGCUACAGCCUGUUACCUAGCAACCACAGCCUAGCAACAGCCUGUUACCUAGCAACAGCCCCGUUACCUAGCAACCCAGGUCUAGUUGCGCUGGCUGAUUAUUUCUCUUUAAAUAAAACAUUUAUUCCAUUUUAUAAGUGAAAUAAUCUUCCAAUGGAACUUUUAUUUUGUUUCUUUUUAGCAUCAUUAAAGAAUUAGUAUCUUAAAACUAAGUUCUUAUUUUGCUUUAAAAGUUUCAAAGUUACUUGUGAGUUAGUUUUGUCUUAUUUGUAGUUUAAUAAGACAUUUUCACUAAAACUAGACAAAAAUACUUGGUCAUAGUUUGUGUUUUUGCAGUGUGUAAGCCUGCUCCUCUUUCUGCUUCAGUUCUAAAUAUCAGGAUUAAAACAUAACUUCCUUUUGACCAACAUGUUUCCGGUUCAAGCAGCAGUCUGUUUCCAGAGGACAUCCUGAGAAUAUUUCUGUCCAGAAAAGCUUUUGGAAGUAAUGGAAGAACUACUGCAUCCGGUCGUGACAGUCAUCUGUACAAGCUGGAAUAUUCUCCAAUUAAAACUAUUUUUGUUUGAGUUUUUUUUUUCACAUGUAAACGAAUGAAUUUGAUGAGCUUAUAAAUAUGUGUUGCUUGGCAAGCUUGGUAAAGAUAUAUGAAAUACAAUAAAGGCAAUUCAUUAUUUUUAUUUUGAUAGCAUAAAUUUUAUUGUAAUAAAAUAAAAUAAAAAAUCCAAUGUGAGGCUAAUAUUGAA